GGAACUCCUCAGCGCUGAUGGCAGCUGAGCUACAGCUGCAAGACGCUGCCAAAAAGCCUGCGUGGAUCCCUGUUGUGCUGAUUCAGUGUAUCUGUUGAAGACAACAUAUUGGUUUGGAAUUUGGCUGACAUACUUUUCACUGACAAGUGAAAUUUGAUUUCUUGAGUUAAGGUAAAAUGCACGCCAUGCACAGGUUGAAGAUUUUUGUGAUGUUUCUGUCUCUGGCUACCUUCACAGUCAUGGUGAUACUGAAUGCUGGAAAUGCCACUGGGAAAUUCAAAGGUCUGUUCAGGAGAACCCCUGGAAACAUCUCUGCAGAGUACAUCACUGACUUCACACCAGCUGGCUGGACUUUCCUCAUCUGGAAUGUCAUCUAUGCCUGGCAGCUUGCCUGGCUUCUCUAUGCCCUGUCAGGGAUCUGUCGAAGAAAUGAAUUUGGAUAUGUCUACAUAAAGCCAGACUUGCUGCCAAUACCUUUUUAUGUGAUGUGGAUUCUGAAUAAUGGCCUUAAUGUUGGAUGGUUGUUUCUAUGGGACCGAGAAUUCCUCCUCCCAGCACUGGUGUUCCUGGCAGCCCUCACUCUUACUACAUGUGCUGCCCUCUUCAUUUCACACCGAGCAUUGAGCAUCCAUUCCUCCUGGUUUGUCAAGGGUCACAAAGCUGAGCUCUGGCUCAUCCGUGUCCUGGUCCAGAAUGGGCUGGCGCUGUACGCAACCUGGGCCGUCAUCGCCACGCUGCUGAACUUUGCUGUUGUGUUGAUCUACAAGUGGAACGUGUCCAAUGAGAAAGCAACCACUGCUUCUCUAAGCAUUCUUGUUCUUGACCUAGUACUAUGGUUUUAUCUAGAAAACUUCUUUCUUGACAAGUAUGUCCGUUAUAACCUCACAAUCUACCCAGUUGUCAUAAUAGCUCUGGCUGGCAGUGCAUCCAAGAACGUCUCAUUUUCAUCCCCAACAACAAACAGCAUUUUUAUAGUUGUUCUGCUGGCAAUGACUUGCUUGAUCUUUGCUGUUCGUCUGGGACUGGUCACACGGAGACACUUCACGAAACCACUGGAAGCAUCAGAAGCUCCAGCCCCAUCAGGCACAGUGUUCUGAGACCUCUGGCAUGUUGUGGAAGAUUCUUUCAAGGGAGAAAAAAGAAUUGGGCAACUGCUGGUCCUUCCUUCCAGUACCGACUGCCUUAUGCUCUUCUCUAUUUCUUUCCAUUCCAAAUGUGGAUGGUGUGUGUCUGCAAACCCAUUCUUUUCCCACAUUCCCUAAGAUCAACUACUUACAGCCCCACCUUGAAUCUGCACCCUCCUGCAUUUAGUGUGACUCUGGAUCAGUGCACGAAAAGGUCAUUUCAGCCAAGCAGCCCUGUGCACUUCUGUGAUGACUUGAGUUGUUGGCUCUCUGCUCCAGGCAGUGCAAGGAGGGCUGCUGACAGGAGCUUGGCAGGCUUGCACAGACCCUUGUUUUUACUCUCCCCUGGGUAGUUCAUUUUUAAAGUGCAGCCCUACAUGAGCUGUCCCUGGGAGCCAGGGUGAGCAGUGGGAGGUCUGUCACUCCUCUGGGAGCUCGGUGCUGGGUAUCUGCACGCCCCUGUGGUGUGAGCAGAUCCGCAGGCAGCAAUUGCUCCCUUUCCUGCUUCUUGUCAUCAUGAUGGGAACAGAUACUACAGCUCUAGAGACCUACCUUUGAGGUGUCAGCUCUGAUGCUUGAUAUCCAAAGAGGGAAGGAGGAGUGCAUUAGUACUUCUGACACAGUCGAGAGCCUUCAACCCGUAUCAGCUUGUGGCAGCUCUAGAAACUGAAGAUGCAUUCACAUUAUCUGGGUCUCUGCCUUACUUCUUCCUGACUUCCUUAGCUGGUAGUCACUGUGUCAGUGCCUCUGUCUGUGGACCCACAAUGGUGGCAGAUUUGUGCUAUUCCUGCUCUGCCUGGAAGACAAAUGAGAUCUGGGUCAGUCAGGGAGCAGUUCCCAGAGUUGUGCGGAAGCAAGCAGUGCAGUUUGUGCUGGCUGGCUGCCUGCCAGCUGCUGGAGGAUGCUUUGUAGCUUCUCUGGCAGGAGGUUAGAUGUACAGAUGAGAUUAUACUUGAUCUGUAGUAAAGUCUGCU